AUGGCGCUAACCCCCCCGCCCGCGCUGGGGCUCUGCCGGACCCGCGCCUCCUCCGAGCCCGGUGUCAGGCCGCACGGCACUAACCCCGGAGUGUUUUGUUGGUCUCAAGUAGUGGUGAUAACAGGCAUAUUCCGAUGCCAAUAG